CUGAAUGAGUCAGGUGUCAGGAGAAAAAUGGAGAUGCCACCAGGUCUACUCUUGGCAACGGUUUGAGUGUCUGUGCAUGGUUACUCCAGAGUGAGGAGAACAACAAGCCCUGACGUUCACUAUUUCAGGAGAUCAUAAUACUGAAGUGUUACACUACGUAAGUCAGAGAAAGAAAGGAUCCUGAAACAUAUGGCCUCAUCGUUGGCAGUGACAUUGAUAAGAGGCUGGCAUUUAUUUCUCUUCUGAUCAGCUAACUCUAUACCUGUGAAAAGAAACUAUGCAUACUUGUUGGUCAGCAGAACCCAGGAACAAGAGUUAUGGCCGUUGAAAAAGCUUGUCUGAUUGCAGCUUGUUUUUCCUGGGUUUCGUCAUCAGGGCCCUCCUCCCUUUCAUCUCAGCAGCAGUGUGGUACCUUUUACUAUUGGAUAAAGAUUAAGGGCCUGUUCUCUGGCCAACCAGAACUUAAGGUCUGUUGGAAUAGGGUCAGAGACCAGUUUACCUGCAGCUGAGGAAAAUGAAAUUUCCGUUUUAUCUGGUGCCUUGCUCAGGGAGCAUGCUGAUGCUUACGGAAGCCUGUGAAUGAAAAGGAGAUUGGGUUUUGUCGAAUAGAAACUCAUGGUUAUGGCGAGUGACCCAACGUGAUCAGAGGGGCAGGAGCCACAGAGGAGUUUAUGACGGGCUAUACCAUGUUGCGCAAUGGGGGCGUGGGGAACGGAGGCCAGACCUGUAUGUUAAGGUGGUCCAGCCGUGUCCGCCUCACAUGGCUCAGCUUUACGCUCUUCAUCAUCCUGGUUUUCUUCCCUCUCAUUGCUCACUACUAUCUCACCACUCUGGAUGAGGCUGAUGAGGCAGGCAAGCGGAUUUUUGGCCCCCGGGCUGGUAAUGAGCUAUGUGAGGUAAAGCAUGUGCUGGAUCUGUGCCGCAUUCGCGAGUCUGUAAGUGAAGAGCUUUUACAGCUGGAAGCCAAGCGACAAGAGCUGAACAGUGAAAUCGCCAAGCUGAAUCUGAAGAUUGAAGCCUGUAAGAAGAGUAUUGAGAAUGCCAAGCAGGACCUGCUUCAGCUCAAGAAUGUCAUUAGCCAGACUGAGCAUUCUUACAAAGAGCUGAUGGCCCAGAAUCAGCCCAAGCUUUCUCUGCCCAUCCGGUUGCUCCCAGAGAAGGACGAUGCUGGCCUCCCUCCCCCAAAGGUCAUUCGGGGUUGCCGGCUACACAACUGUUUUGAUUAUUCUCGUUGCCCACUCACCUCUGGCUUUCCAGUCUAUGUUUAUGACAGUGAUCAGUUUGCCUUUGGUAGCUACCUGGAACCCUUGGUCAAGCAGGCUUUUCAGGCUACAGCACGAUCCAGCGUUUAUGUUACAGAGAAUGCAGACAUUGCCUGCCUGUAUGUGGUAUUAGUGGGAGAAAUGCAGGAGCCAGCAGUGUUGCAGCCUGCUGACCUGGAGAAGCAGUUGUAUUCCCUGCCGCACUGGCGGACAGAUGGACACAACCAUGUCAUCAUCAAUCUGUCACGUAAGUCAGACACACAGAAUUUACUCUACAAUGUCAGUACAGGCCGAGCCAUGGUGGCUCAGUCCACUUUCUAUGCUGCCCAGUACAGACCCGGCUUUGACUUGGUAGUAUCACCACUAGUCCAUGCCAUGUCCGAACCCAACUUCAUGGAAAUCCCACCGCAGGUGCCAGUUAAGCGGAAAUACCUCUUCACCUUCCAGGGUGAGAAGAUUGAAUCCCUGAGGUCCAGUCUUCAGGAGGCCCGCUCCUUUGAAGAAGAGAUGGAGGGUGACCCUCCAGCCGACUAUGACGAUCGGAUUAUUGCCACCCUAAAGGCUGUACAGGACAGCAAGCUAGAUCAGGUCUUGGUGGAAUUUACCUGCAAAAACCAGCCUAAGCCCAGUCUGCCUACUGAGUGGGCAUUGUGUGGAGAACGGGAGGACCGCUUAGAAUUACUGAAGCUUUCCACCUUUGCCCUCAUUAUCACUCCUGGGGACCCUCAUCUGAUUGUCUCAUCUGGGUGUGCAACACGGCUUUUUGAAGCCCUGGAAGUCGGUGCUGUCCCAGUUGUGCUGGGGGAGCAAGUACAGCUUCCGUAUCAGGACAUGCUGCAGUGGAGUGAGGCGGCCCUGGUGGUGCCCAAGCCACGUGUUACCGAGGUUCACUUCCUGUUACGAAGUCUCUCUGAUAGUGAUCUACUGGCUAUGAGGCGGCAAGGCCGCUUUCUCUGGGAGACUUACUUCUCCACUGCUGACAGUAUUUUUAAUACCGUGCUGGCUAUGAUUCGGACUCGCAUUCAGAUCCCAGCUGCUCCCAUCCAGGAAGAGGCAGCAGCUGAGAUCCCCCAUCGUUCAGGCAAGGCAGCCGGAACUGACCCCAACAUGGCUGACAAUGGGGACCUGGACCUGGGGCCAGUGGAAACAGAGCCACCCUAUGCCUCACCCAAAUACCUCCGCAACUUUACUUUGACUGUCACUGACUUUUACCGCAGCUGGAACUCAGCUCCAGGGCCUUUCCAUCUUUUCCCCCACACCCCCUUUGACCCUGUGUUGCCCUCAGAGGCCAAAUUCUUGGGUUCAGGGACUGGAUUUCGGCCUAUUGGUGGUGGAGCUGGGGGUUCUGGCAAGGAGUUUCAGGCAGCACUUGGAGGCAACGUUCCCCGAGAGCAGUUCACAGUAGUGAUGUUGACUUACGAGCGGGAGGAAGUGCUUAUGAACUCUUUAGAGAGACUGAAUGGCCUCCCUUACCUGAACAAGGUAGUGGUGGUGUGGAAUUCUCCCAAACUACCCUCAGAGGACCUUCUGUGGCCUGACAUUGGCGUCCCCAUCAUGGUGGUCCGUACUGAGAAGAACAGUCUGAACAAUCGAUUCCUGCCCUGGAAUGAAAUUGAGACUGAGGCCAUCCUGUCUAUUGAUGACGAUGCUCACCUCCGCCACGAUGAAAUCAUGUUUGGGUUUCGGGUGUGGAGAGAAUCACGGGACCGCAUCGUGGGCUUUCCUGGCCGUUACCAUGCAUGGGAUGUCCCUCAUCAGUCCUGGCUCUACAACUCCAACUACUCCUGCGAACUGUCCAUGGUGCUGACAGGUGCUGCCUUCUUUCACAAGUAUUAUGCCUACCUGUAUUCUUAUGUGAUGCCCCAGGCCAUCCGAGACAUGGUGGAUGAAUACAUCAACUGUGAGGACAUUGCCAUGAACUUCCUGGUCUCCCACAUCACUCGGAAGCCCCCCAUCAAGGUGACCUCCCGCUGGACUUUCCGAUGCCCAGGAUGUCCUCAGGCCCUGUCCCACGAUGACUCCCACUUUCACGAGCGGCACAAGUGCAUCAACUUCUUUGUCAAGGUGUAUGGCUACAUGCCCCUCCUGUACACUCAGUUCAGGGUAGACUCUGUGCUCUUCAAGACCCGCCUGCCCCAUGACAAGACCAAGUGCUUCAAGUUCAUCUAGGGGCAGAGGGGACGAGCAGGGCGAGGCAGAUGGCUCCUACGGUUCCCAGGCAUUGGAAGACCUUGGGGACAUCCGCUGGGUGGGUGGCCCAGACCCUCUGCUGGGAGAGGCAGCAGGAGGAGUGGAAGAGAAGUAGCUGCGUUUAUGGAGAAGCCAGUCACACUAGGCCCAGAGCCCGGUCAGCCGACCCCGGGCUUCCCUGCGCAGGGCACUGACUGACAGCGUGCACUGAAGGACCGUGGGGACUCCGGAGAGUCACUCACAUAGCUCAUAAGCCCAGGACAGCUGGUUUGUGGUUUUUAAAUUCAUUAACAAAUAUUAUUAUUUAAAGAGAAAGUUUCAGAUUUGCCAUUUAAGGCUUAUUUAUAUAUAUGUGUGUGUAUAUAUACAUUUAUGUGUGUGUGUGCACACACUCAUGUACAUAUACAUAGAUAUAUAUAUCUGGCAGGGGGAGUUUGAAAUUGCUGCCUAUCCCACAAAAUUAGGGACCCUCCAGGCUGUGUUCGCCGGCCUGUCCUUUAGGGUCAUCUCCUAUGCUCCCAGGGCUAUCUGCAGAAGCAAGAAAAGGGUGGACUAGGCCCUGUCCUGGGGCCUUCACAGGAUGAGACCUGCUGGCUGUUCCUUCCCUUUCUGUCCUGGCCACCACCUCUAACUCGCAUUCUCCUCUCAUGAGAACCCCAGGGAGGACCUGCGCUGUGGGAGCAGUUCAGCUUCUGUUGGCGGGGCCCCGUGGGUUUUGAGGAUUCAUCAUUAGGCCAAGUGUGUCCUGUACAGUCCCUGCUGUCCUAUUCUCUCCCCUAUUUGAGAAAGAAGAACAAAGAAGGAACAAGGCCUGAGGCCUGCACUCACAGAUGGCUUUUUCUGUCCUUCUCCUGUUAAAAACAUGUGCUUCAGGCUUCGGGCUUCCCUAUGGUGUCCACUCUUGGGUAAAAGAACAGGAAAACCUGCAGGCUGCACUUGCAGCUGUGGUUUGAAGUGGCUUGCAGGGAGGCCUACUCUUGGUGUUGAACAAACGAACGUUCUUUGAGGAUCCCACCCGGCUGGCCGGGAAGUCUCACAGCAAGGCACCCGCCUUGGGAUAAAUACCUUGGUGAAAUUCACCUUCCCUGUCCCCUUCGUCUGAUCUCCAUCCUGUGUUCCCUGUGGUGUUUGGACCCCUAAUCCCAGGUAGCUCUAGGACGCCCUGAGGUCUGGUAUGUGCUAGAACAUGGCAGCCUGUGGUUUGCUAUGCGAGCUUAAAUUCAGCCUUGGAAUUUAGUCAGGCAUUCACACUCCACAUUACCAUUUUCACUUCCUAGUUUAAAUUUCUGUUUCCUGGGCUGAAAUGGAAAUGAGCUAAUAUUUUUGGUUGUGGUGGCAGUAGGGGAACCGAAGAGGGUGUUAAUGGCAUCUGUCAGGGAUUAAACCCAUGACUUCUGCUGUUUUUCCUAACCCUGCUUUCUUGAAGUGGAGUUGCGUGUAGGUUUCCAGCAAGCGACCAGAAGCUCAGGUCUGUCCUGGUCAUGCACAUGCCUUCAGCCGGCUCUGUCUUCCCCAGACCUCGACACCCUGUGCUUCCAUUUCUUGGGGUACGUUUUUCUGUGACUUGCCUGUACUAGGUGGGUUAUCUUCAAGUGUCAUCUUGAAGCAAGUCUUUUUGCUGUAGGUACAGCUGCUGUGGGUCCAGCUUGGCUUCAGGGAGUGCUUGUCAGUAGCAGACCGUCUCCAGAGGUUCCCACUGGCACUGAAUUAUAGCUCUCCCGCUGAGGCAGUGUCUGGGAGAUUUGGUUUGGCUUCCCAGCACCCGAGCAGAGGGUCCAGACUCCCUGCACCCCAACUUUCUCCUGCCCUUUCCUUGCCUUCUGACUUCACUUGUUAGCAGUAGCCUUCUUCCCUCGGGGGAGCCAAAGAGUGUGGUGUUUUGCGCUAUGUACGUGGCUGCUAUUUCAUAUAUUUUUUUUAAUGUGAGGAAUUCAUGAACUGACUUUCAGGGGGACCUGGCGGGAAAGGAGCAGUCUGUGUGGUGGGACCCCCUUAGGUGGAGCCAAACUGUUGGUUCCCUGAAUUCAUGGUCAAUCCAUGAAUAGCUGAGUGGUCUGAGAUUGUGGAUAAGAUCACAAUGUGCUGCAGGGAGGGUUCUAGUGUCAGAGCUUCAAACAAGGACCUGAAAGGCACACUGACUUGAAGGACUCCAGCUGGCAGGCCCUAGUGGACAGUGGCCAUGUUCCUAAAGGAUGCUCCUCCGUGGGGCGCAGGGCAGCGGGACAUUGUGCGUUGCCUGGUUGGUUGCUCCUGAAGGAGGCUGGCUGUGCUGUGAGGGGUUCAGGGGAGUCCCAGGGCCGUCCUCCGAUGCUGCUCACCACAGGCAGUGCCCCAUGUGACUCACCCGAAACAGGUAGUCAGCUCUGUGGACCCCACGAGUUUCCCUGGUUGUCCAUAGGUGACACCUCCUGGGGCCCAGGACAUCUGUUUUCCAGUGAGCCAGUUUGCUCCUCCCCGUGAGGGUCGUCCACCUGAGCGACAGCCGCCCCAGGGUGCUCCUCAGGACAUUCUGUGUGUUUGCUCCCCUGGCAGUGGCACUCGGUCUGGUCUGGACUCGCCUCAAGCUCAGGCUUACGGAUCAGUGGGGUCCUGUCUGGGAGGAUGGGGUCGCCCUUCCAGUACCGCCUGGGUGUGCACGGGGAGCUCCUGGUGUGCAGUGUGGUACUUUCAGGGGCAAACUCUUUGAUAUCCAUGCCACGUCCAUCCACCCCACUCCUUUUCCUAUCGUGAGCACAAUGGUCUUAUGUUGGAUUUUUGUUAAAAAAAAAAAAAAAGGAAAAUAAAAAUAAAUGGAGACUUUAAGCUCAAA